AUGGAGGAUUUGAUGUUGCAUAUUAUUAAGCGUGUUGCAGCAGUUAAGCGACCAGCGGACGAUGCGCCAUUAGAUCUGACGCAAACCAAAUUCUUACGCCGCAUAUGUGAUCGUCUGGUGAACCAUGAGGAUUUACGUCCAGGCAGUGAUUUAAACACCGAGUCAGACUUUGAUGACGUUUCAACAAAUAGUACAUGUCAACAAUCUUGCUCAACACUAGACACCUCCGCUAGAGGGUCAAGUGCUACUGUUAUUCAAGUAAAACAUGAGGCUGAAUCUUAUGAACAGAAAGCAGCGCCUCAUCCCUUUUCAAUAGACGCUUUGCUUGGUGAUACCAAACACAAGAGAAGUGAUGAUGUAUCAACACCAGCUGUUGUUUAUAGUUACUAUACAGCGAGAACACCGUGCACGUCAGCUUCAGGAAGCAAUACAUCCGAAUUCUAUGACCAAGUGUUUGAUAGAUCGUUUUGGUGCCAUGCUUGCAACUCCUGGUGUGUGGAUAAUAGAGACGCACAAGGGCACCAAUAUUUGCAUGGCAUUCAAGGUAUUGCGUGCAAUUUGAAAAUGGAGUUCUUCCGAAAGCACGGAUAUGUUACAAAACACGUGAACAUCGAUAAAGAGAAAAUGCAGUGUGGACUUUGUGAUAGAAUUGUUGCCCCAUGUUUCUUUUCUAAACAUCAGCGUAUUCAUGGCGGACAUUUCUGUGGAAUCUGUAACCAUGAAUUUUCAAGCAAUAGUCGAUUACAAGAUCACAUGAAUAUUCAUACCGGAAGUACGCCAUUUUCAUGUAAGAAAUGCGACCGGAAGUUUGCGAAGAGGUCAUCGCUAACUCAGCACCAGCGUUAUCAUCGGGAUCAUCAGAGUUUUAAAUGCAGCUACUGUCACAAAUCAUUCAGCAGUAAAUAUACACGCACAGUGCACGAGAGACUUCACACGGGAGAUAACCCCUUCAAAUGCCAGGUACCCGGAUGUGUGAGAGCAUUUCCACAGAAGAUUCAACUCCAGCUUCAUAUGAAUAUUCAUAACUAA